CGUUCCAGCAUCACCAAAGUGCCUUGGCAGAAGUUUGUUUUUUGAAUCACAAUACAAGCUUAUGGUUGCAGCUCUUUGAAGCUCAAUUACUCACCAAAAAACUCGUGAGGCAUAUUUCUACAAUAAUGUCUGCAUGCACAGAAAUAAUACUUGCAGCCCUGUUGCUCGCAAGCUUAACUUAUGCUAAUGAUUCCCGUUCAUGGUCAUCACGUCCUGAACGCGUACGUACUUGUAGUCCCGGCUUCGCAUUCAGCAGACGUGCUCCAUUCACGUGUGUAGCCGACUGUUGUUCCAGAACCGCCAACGCCUCGUCUGUCUUGUUCGAGGCAUCCGGUCCUUCCAACGGCCGGCGGUACUACCUGUCUAAACCUUUAGUUAACGUCGACAUCGUAAAAUCUCAGGCCGUGUGUGAGCUGAUGGGUGGCUACCUGCUCGAGAUCGACGACCAGGCUGAAUAUAAUUUUGUCAAGAAUUUCAUCCAAGGGUUUAGUGGGUUCGAGAUUGUUUACACCGGGGCUAAGGACGAGGAUCAGGACCGUGUCUGGGUGUUCAAAUACAGUGGAAAAAAGGUCACCUUUAUCGACUGGCAAACAGGUCAGCCUACAAAUGACGCCGUCUGUAUGACCCUCCUGUUCCGAUUUGGUGCUUGGAAGAUGGACGACUACAACUGCAAUGACAACAGCGGGAAUACCAGGUUCAUCUGUGAAGUCCCUGACAGACCCGUGUAACAAGCAGCAAUUGCAUUGUUGCUAAAAAUAAAACUACACUUUUUAAAAUUGUACGUUUGUUUAAAAAACAAUUGAAAUAUUUAAUUUUGAAUUUUAGUAACAUAAUUAAAAAGAUACAAAAAAUACAUUAACCUAAAUUAAGCUAUCUCAAAUUUU